AUGACGACAUCAACGACUAAAGAAUUUACGGCGACGACAGAAGAAUUCACAAGCAAUGAAGAAAUGGAUGAAUUCAUCGCGGGAGACGAAACCAUCUACUUCACUGGAUAUAUUGAUAGUAUUGAAGGCUCUAAACUGGUUGGCAAAGGUGUUAAGAAAGUUUUAUACAAGUUCGUGGUGAACAACGGCAAAGGGAGGAAAAUGCGGGUAUUAAUGUGGGAAGAGGUAACGAAAAAGUACGAAGCUUCAUUGCGUUGCAGAGAUAUAAUAAGAAUUUGGAACGGAAAAGCUUUAGCGGUGAAUCCGAAUUUCGCCAACGCAAGCGACGACGUUAUUGCCGUAGAACUGUCGGUGCAACGUAGUACACGAGUAGAUAUCAUGGGCCAAUUCAAAACGGAAGAACAGCAAUGUUACACAAGAGUUUUAUUAAGGAAUUCCACUGCCGACUCCAAUCAACUUAUUGUUGUCGAGGGUUUCAUUAAAGUUCCAUUUUUCACGUCAACCACUGGAAAUUCCAUCUACGGAAUGGGGGCGAUUACAGAUGGACAGUAUAAAUUGCGUGUUCAUAUUGCCCAAUACAGCGAUAUCGAAAGCCUCGGCAUAGGAGCGCACAUAGAAGUGAGAGGCGAAAUAAGAAAGGAUAAAUUCGGUUCACCGUAUCUGCAAGCGAAAGACAUGGGUCAAAUUAUCAUCGUUGAUUCGGAAAUAAUGAGCGAUGCUGAAUUACGAAAUGGUUUUUGAUCGAUACCACAAAAAAGAUCCCAUAAUGUACCGGAAGAGGACGAUGGAAACCAGAAAAACGAAAAGAAAAUCAAGAGUCAUUGAUGGAGC